UAUAAUCUUGCGGAUCAAAUCGUAGAGUAGGUAGUGGCCACGCGCGAACCUUUUCUCUUGAGCUUCGCUGAGAAGUUCCGAAAACCCGAUAAAACUACAUAAAAAUGGCCUUGUCUGCUCUUCUUUACAUCAAUACCACUUCCUUCGCUCAUCUUCACUUCCUCAAAUCCUCAAUCCCUCUCGUCAAAACCCUACCUACUCCUACCCCUACCCCUCGUCCUAGAUUUCCCAAUAUGUUGCCUUCACCCCGCAGACCCCAAGCAUUCUCAAUGCAGGGAGCUCUAUCGGAGGCCAUGAACUUGAUCCAGUCUUCGCCCUCCACUUGGCGAUCUUCUCUUCUCAGCAACUUGUUGAUAUUCAUUGUUGGGUCUCCUAUUCUGGUAUCUGGGCUUUCUCUAUCUGGUAUUUGCACUGCGUUUCUUUUGGGUACCCUCACUUGGCGCGCUUUUGGGCCCUCUGGGUUCCUUCUCGUUGCUUCUUACUUUGUUAUAGGCACCGCAGCUACGAAGGUUAAAAUGGCUCAAAAGGAAGCACAGGGAGUGGCUGAGAAGCGGAAGGGAAGAAGGGGGCCUGGCAGUGUGAUUGGUUCCAGUGCUGCUGGCUGUGUGUUCGCUUUUUUGUCAAUAAAUGGAGUAGGGGGAGAGGCAUUUUCUCGGCUUUGGGAACUUGGGUUUGUUGCCAGUUUCUGUACUAAGUUGAGUGAUACCGUCUCGAGUGAGAUAGGGAAGGCAUAUGGAAAAACUACGUACCUUGUUACAACAUUUAAGGUAGUUCCAAGGGGAACAGAGGGGGCUGUAAGUGUUGAGGGAACAUUUGCUGGAUUGUUGGCAUCAAUUCUUCUUGCCGUUGUUGGUUGUUCCAUGGGUGAAAUACGUACUUCCGAAGCAGUUAUAUGUGUGAUAGCUUCCCAGAUCGCUAAUUUUGGUGAGAGCAUAAUAGGUGCUUCCCUCCAAGAGAAAGAAGGAUUUCGAUGGCUUAACAAUGAUGCUGUUAAUGUCCUUAACAUAUCUAUGGGCAGCAUUUUAGCAGUCCUGAUGCAGCAAGUUGUACUCCGGAACUUGCACUUGUAAAUUCAUAAAAUUACUUUAGGAGCUCAGAUGUCUUAUUUCUAAUCUGCUUUAAGAUUGUCAAGCAGUACACACAUUUCAGCAAUGAAGAAAGUGUGAUAAGGGAUAGAUGAAGGCGUUUUGCCUUGUUUCACUUCUGGCAGUUGUGUCAAUUGCAUGGUUAUGUUCAAACAAAGAUACCCUCCCUUAUCAGCAGAUUGUCCGAGUUGCACGGACAUCUUUCAUGAUGUAGACCCAAGAUUUCAGUUUUUCUCCACGUUACAGUUAAGAACCAAAGGUGCUUCCGUAAGUAACUUGUUUAUUUUGCAGAUAACAUUCCCUCUAUGGUUAUAAGGUCCAAAACUCCCCUUUUAUUUAUCUGUACUAUUAUUAUUUGACAUGCUAAUUCCUCAGUUCAAAGUAAUGAAUGGAGAAAGUUCAACUGAGAGACUGGAAUUAUUUUAGCAAUUCUUCAUCAUCAGCCCAGGGGCAAAACAUUUGCGAAUGGAAAUUACGGAUUUCAAGUUUGUUAGCUGUGGAGUAUGAGUAGGGAAAACUUAAAUAAAUGGUUACGGUGAUUGUUAUGCAUCAUAAACUUUAUUUUUUGUGCUAGUCAUAUCACAUUAGUAGGCAUGAUAAUGUAGUGAACUAGGUGUAAGUGUAACUACCUAGUAUAAACCAUUCAUUGGUAAGUUGAUUAUAGGUGGACUCCUAUUUAAUUUUCAUUCUGUUGAAACAUUCUGUUUUAUGUGAA